GCACUUGGCUCCGCUUCACUUUUACACUCCUUUUCCUACUCCGCCCACUCUCUUUCGCGUAUGAAGUAUGACGUCACACACGGUUGUUUUGGGUAUUGUGAUGUUUUCUCGCGAGAUUUUCUACAUGUCAAAUAAGCAAAACCAGCACAGGAUGUUAUCUCGCGUGGUCGCCUUCAGCGGAAGCCCACCCUUUUGUGAUGCCUACUGCAGUGUGGUAUAUUAACAGCGAGGGCAGCUCUGGGAGUCUAGGCGGAGCUGCGGCAAGGUCGACAUCAGCAUCCUGUCCGAAGUAGGAGGAAGGCUAGAGGUAGACGGACGUUAGUCUGGAGGCAGCGAGUGCACGACACUGGUCUCUGCCGUUGGACCUACUGGCACGAGACAAAAGAGAAAAGAAGCCAAAAGUUUCCCGCCUGUAACUCAUAUUUCUGGGUUAGCUACCGAGCUACUCUUUACUACGGUUGGUGCCUGUCUUUUCUCUGUUAGAAGGAAGUCACUUCUGAAGCUUCGCCACUUCAUCCGGUUUAGUUUUACACACUAUUAAGUGGUUAUCCAGACUGACUUUCUCCCUACUUUCACUGGUGUUUUGAGCCAUGUCUGCGCCAUCCGCGCCUUCCGAAUACGAUUUUCUUGCCCCGGAUCCUGGACAGAGGCCGCUCGGUCCGACGCCGAGUCAGAGCCGCUUCCAGGUGGACCUUGUGGCUGAGGCGGCUGGUGCCACAGAGGACAAGUCACCGGGCUCUGAUGUCUCUACCGCUGCCCCAUCCAGCGACAGCAAAGCCACUCCCGGCGCCCCCCAAGAUGAUCAGUGCUCCGAUCCAGGAACUGGGGGAGAGGAAGCCAAAGGCCGGUUUCGGGUUGUGAAUUUCGCGGAUCCGAACGCAGCCAGUAACGCGGCCUCGCCGGAGGGAGCGCCGUAUGAAGGGCUGCAGAACGGAGACACCGUAAUGAGUGAGACGAGCUUGCAUUCAUCCACAGGGGGCCAACAUCACUACCACUACGAUACCCACACCAACACCUAUUACCUGAGGACUUUUGGACACAACACCAUCGAUGCCGUGCCAAACAUUGAUUUUUACCGCCAGACGGCAGCGCCGCUGGGGGAGAAACUCAUCAGACCCACCCUGUCAGAGCUGCACGACGAGCUGGAUAAGGAACCAUUUGAGGAUGGGUUUGCUGGUGAUGAGCUGACCCCGGCUGAGGAGGCUGCUGCCAAAGAGGCUGCUGAGUCCAAAGGAGUGGUGAAGUUUGGCUGGAUUAAGGGAGUGCUGGUUCGCUGCAUGUUGAACAUUUGGGGUGUGAUGCUCUUCAUCCGCAUGUCAUGGAUUGUUGGUCAGGCUGGAAUAGCUCUCUCCUGUUUGAUUGUGGCCAUGGCCACUGCCGUCACCACCAUCACUGGCCUCUCCACAUCUGCCAUUGCCACCAAUGGGUUUGUACGAGGAGGUGGAGCAUAUUAUCUGAUUUCGAGGAGUCUGGGUCCGGAGUUUGGAGGUUCUAUUGGUCUGAUAUUCGCAUUUGCUAACGCAGUGGCCGUGGCCAUGUAUGUGGUGGGAUUUGCUGAAACUGUUGUGCAGCUUCUUGGGAGAGUGACCUCGUUUUUGUGUUGUUNUGCUGAUGCCUACAUGACAGAUGAAAUAAACGACAUCAGAAUUAUUGGCACCAUCACAAUAAUAAUUCUCCUGGGAAUUUCUGUUGCUGGAAUGGAAUGGGAGGCUAAGGCCCAGAUCUUCUUGCUUGUCGUCCUUAUCACAGCCAUCUUCAACUUCUUCAUUGGUACCUUCAUUCCUCUCAAGGCAAAGGAAUCUCAGGGCUUCUUUGGCUACGAUUCUUCAAUCAUGUGGGAAAAUAUGGGUCCGGACUUCCGACGAGGCGAAACCUUUUUUUCCGUCUUUGCAAUUUUCUUCCCUGCAGCCACUGGAAUUUUGGCUGGAGCUAACAUUUCAGGAGAUCUCGCUGACCCGCAGCAGGCCAUUCCCAGAGGAACUCUACUGGCUAUACUGAUUACAGGAAUUGUCUACCUGGGUGUAGCUGUUUCAACAGGCUCCUGUAUGGUGAGAGAUGCCAGUGGAAAUGUGAACGACACCGUCAGCACCACGUUCCAAAUGAACUGCACUGAAGCUGCCUGCAAUUUUGGCUACAACUUCACCACCUGUAUUAAUGACAAAGAUGGCUGCCCUUUUGGACUCCAUAACGACUUUCAGGCAAUGAGCAUGGUUUCUGGGUUUGGCCCCAUUAUCAGCGCAGGAAUCUUUUCUGCAACUCUUUCCUCAGCUCUGGCGUCUUUAGUCAGUGCUCCUAAAGUUUUCCAGGCUCUGUGUAAGGACAAUAUUUAUCCCUACAUCGGAGUGUUUGCCAAAGGAUAUGGAAAGAACAACGAGCCCCUCAGAGGCUACAUCCUGACCUUCUUUAUUGGUCUGGCCUUCAUCCUCAUUGCUGAGUUGAACGUAAUUGCUCCCAUCAUCUCCAACUUCUUCCUGGCAUCCUAUGCUCUUAUCAACUUCUCUGUGUUCCACGCCUCCUUGGCAAACUCACCAGGUUGGCGUCCCAGCUUCAAAUACUACAACAUGUGGGUUUCUCUGGCUGGAGCCAUACUGUGCUGUGUGGUGAUGUUUGUCAUCAACUGGUGGGCAGCUCUCCUCACCAACGUCAUUGUUCUCGGCCUCUAUAUCUAUGUCAGCUACAAGAAGCCAGAUGUUAACUGGGGCUCAUCGACCCAGGCUCUGACCUACCACCAGUCUCUGACCCACACGCUGCACCUCAGUGGGGUGGAGGAUCACAUCAAGAACUUCAGACCUCAGUGUUUGGUGAUGACUGGUUACCCCAACUCUCGACCUGCUCUUCUGGACCUGGUCCACAGCUUCACCAAGAACGUAGGCCUGAUGAUCUGUGGUCACGUCAAAGGGGGCUACAGAAGGCAGAGCUUCAAAGAUCUGGCUGCAGAGCAGUCCCGGUACCAGCGCUGGCUUCUGAAGAAUGAGACCAAAGCCUUCUAUACACCAGUGUUUGCCGAGGACCUGAGACAGGGCAGUCAGUACCUACUGCAGGCUGCCGGCCUGGGUCGCCUCAAACCAAACACCCUGGUGCUGGGCUUCAAGAACGACUGGAGGGAUGGAGACAUGAUGAACGUGGAGACUUACAUCAGCAUGAUCCACGAUGCCUUUGACUUCCAGUUUGGUGCUGUCAUUCUGCGUCUGAAGGAGGGACUUGAUGUGUCCCAUAUCCAAGGACAAGAUGACCUGCUCUCCUCCCAGGAGAAGUCUUCAGGGAUGAAAGAUGUCAUUGUCUCCAUAGACACCAGCAAAGACUCUGACGCCGACUCGUCCAAACAAAGCUCCAAGGCCACCAGCCUCCAGAACAGUCCUGCCAUACAGAAAGAUGACGACGACGAUGGCAAAGCUACCACUCAGCCCCUGUUGAAAAAAGACAAGAGAAGUCCCACGGUACCGCUGAAUGUGUCGGACCAGAGGCUGCUGGAGGCCAGUCAGCAGUUCCAAAAGAAACAAGGAAAAGGAACGGUGGACGUGUGGUGGCUGUUUGACGACGGAGGUCUGACCCUGCUCAUCCCCUACCUGCUGACCAACAAGAAGAGAUGGAAGGACUGCAAGAUCCGUGUCUUCAUUGGAGGCAAAAUCAACAGAAUUGACCACGACCGCCGAGCAAUGGCCACUCUGCUGAGCAAGUUCAGGAUAGACUUCUCAGACAUCACUGUACUGGGAGACAUCAACACCAAACCCAAGAAGGAGCACACGACAGCCUUUGAGGAGAUGAUAGAGCCGUACCGGCUGAAGGAAGACGACAUGGAGCAGGAAGCAGCCGAGCAGCUGAAGAACAGCGAACCAUGGAGAAUCACAGACAAUGAGCUGGAACUGUACCGUGCCAAGACUAAUCGUCAGAUCAGACUCAAUGAGCUGCUGAAGGAGCACUCGAGCACGGCCGCCCUCAUUGUCAUGAGCCUGCCGCUGGCCAGGAAGGGGGCGGUGUCCAGCGCCCUCUACAUGGCCUGGCUGGAGGUGCUGUCCAAGGACCUGCCGCCCAUCCUGCUGGUGCGUGGCAACCACCAGAGUGUCCUCACCUUUUACUCUUAGACAAACACACAGACAGAGAGCAAGAGAAGAGCGUGGCGAUUUUCAUGUCUGGGAGAAGACACGCGUACACACCCCUGUUCCAGUCCACACCUAAAGGUGCAUCACACACACUUCAGAGAAGGUCAAACAGAAACACUGACGGAAACAAAGCUGGUUACUUGAAUCAAAUGAAGGAAGAGAAACGGUUUUCCAUAUGUAAAUGCUCUGAGUGAUGGAGGAAAGUCUGGGUGGUGGUGGGUGGCGUUGGUGAAGUUGCCCACUCUUCUAUUUAUUCUGAGAUAUCUAGAUUCUUCUGUAGCGCCAUAGUUUUUUUGUUUUUUUUGUUUUUUUCCCCCAAUUUCUUCAUGGAAUAUUUCAUCAUUGUUCGAGUUCAUUUCUCUCAGGCACCAAACUCAGUUGUGCACAACGAUCACAUUGUUCUCAUCUGGUGGAAUACAUUGAUGUCACACUUGUCGGGUGAAGCGGACGGGUUGCGUUGCAGCAAUAAAAUCACUCUGUUGUUUUCCUCGGAUGUUGAGAGAGAACCGCCUCCUGAAGCCUUAUGGAUGUGCCUUCCAGCUGAAUGAGAUGAGAUAAUUCCAAUCUCUAUUCCAGGUUGACAAUAUUAACUUUGCUCCGUUGUAGUUAAUGAUACUGAGGCUCUCAAUGUGAUUCCUCCUUAGUCAGAACUUUGUAUUUAUGCAAAUUAAUUGCAUUCAAUUUAUUGAAGGCUGUUAACGUGAUUGCAUUUGAAGAAGCCAAUCUGUCUUCAUUCUUUCUCUGUUUUAUUGGAUGUGUUUGUAAAGGGCCAUUGCAUUUUAAUCUUUCUGUUCAUUUUUGGUCUUCCUUUUCAAAGCUGUAGAAAUAUACACAACUGCAGUACAUAACCAGAGACAGCAGUCAUCCUCUGGCUGUGAUGUCUCAGAUGUUUGUGUGCUGCAGCUAAAGAUGUGAACAUAGCGGUUUUUAAAAUCACCUCGUCAGGUGACGAGCUGAACUCUCCCGUGUAGCUUCUUAUUUGACUAAAUUAAGUGUUUGUGCUUCUUUGCCUGUGUUGACACUGCUUCACCUAAUGAGUUUGUUCAAACCUUGCCUUAAUUCUGCAACAAGCUGUUGUUACUACACCCCUCCCCCAACCCCACCUCAAAAAUAAGCCAUACUGGCUGGAACAAUUAAUGGGUGACAUGAGAAUCAAUCAUCAUUUGCCAGUUCUUUGGUGAACUUCAUUGAUAUAUAUUUUUCCCAUAAUGCACCUGGGUCUCUGUUACAACGAUGGCGCUCGAAGGCCUAGUUCUCUGAGUGAGCAUUAGCUGCUGCAGUGGUUUUGCACGUGUCUGACAGGCUGCUGCUCCCUCUGGUGGCCACACAGAGUGAGUGACGUGAGCUUCGUGCUGUGAUACUUGCUGACAGGAAGAAUGUGAAAUCAGAAUGAGUGAAAAUAUACCUCUAUGCAUAUGAGCUUGUGUUGCUGAAGCACUUGUAGUAGAAGUCCACUACACCUCCUGGAAGAAAGGAUACUCUUUCCUCGGUUCUCUUGUAGGAAGUUCAUUCUACCUUUUUUUUGUAUUUUAAGAGACGUAAAAGUGAGACAUGUCAGAGUGACGUGGACAAUACUAUAGAAACUUAGCUGGACUUGGAGGGGAAACGUUACUUUUGUAUCCUUGACAAAUUCUUAACUAAAACUAAAAGACUCUGGCCAAUCACAGGGCAGUUCAGAGAAAGGUUGUUAGCAGUGUUCCUAUUGGCCGUUCACUACACUUUCCAUGCUGCACGUCUUUAAAAAAAGGAGAUUAAUGUUACAAGAAGAGCCCUGCACUGUAUCAGGUCUAAAUCCACAUCAUAAACCAGACAUGAAGAAUAGAUUGAUGUGGAAACUGUUCUCCAUACAAGCAAGAAUUAAAAAACAAAAAAAACAUUCAUUCAUAAUAAACAUUUAUGCUACACUAUCAGUGGGCCUGAGAAGGUGGAUGAGCAGAUGGUAGAAGCACAACGCCCCAGUGAUGUAGAAGAAAAUCAUUAGACAUAGUUUACCCCAAAAUUGUGUGGAAAUAGAGAGUACAAGGAAGUGCUGUUACAUAAAGGAUGUAGGAAUGUAUAACCUGGAGAUCAGGAGCAGCAGGAUUUCCAAAGUCAUGGGCCUGGUUAGAGCUCAGCACGACACAAAAAUGAGUCCUUUCAUCAAACGUGACAACAUCACACACACACCUUAGGGAGCUGGUCAUGCUGUCUACAGACAAACACAGAAAAUAUUUGGUGACAAAAACGAACAAUUUGUUGACAACAGCAGGGGCAGAGAGAGAGAGAGAGAGACAUUCUCAAGACCUACGUCUGCCAUCAAACCAGUUCCUCUGAAGCAGAGAGUCCAGUACAAAGAACACAUGACACGAAAACAAGUACAAUCACCUACUCCAGCAAUCCUGCCUACGCAGCUUUAACACUGUCCCAUAACCUGGGGAACCAUAGUUAGUCAAGAGCACAACACCUCCAUUAAUAAGCCAUGCAGACAUGCUGUCACCCCCUCUCUCCCCCAGCUCUAAUUCACACUCUCACUUCAGCGUAAAGCUACUGAUGCCACCUUUUCUACUGGAGAUGAUGUCAUUUCAGAACGUAUGAGCCGAAAGUGAUGCUAAUGUUAACAAUGUGACACGAACAUAAGGACAAUAAAGAAAGAACGUGGUUAUAACUGUUGUUUUCCUGUUAGAAUUAAUGUUGCAAUCAUAAGAUAUCACCGUGCCAACAGUCGUGGUCUGUCCCAAUACACUCUGUGGCCGUGUCAGAAGUAGAUGAAUAAAAAUAUAUGGAGCAAGUGUGAAGGAAGUAGAUUUUGAGAUGGGAUGUUGGUGGGAGCAGGUGAACAGUGAUGUUUUUAUAAUUUUCAGUCAGACUUGGGAGAUUAUGUUGUUUUCUCCUGUUAAGGGUUCAGUGUGUAACACAGUGACUUCUAAAAAAAAAAA